AGAACACAUUUAUUGCAAGAAAGUUCCUGAAAAGAAGGAGAGCAUUGUGAUAGUUAUGAAGGAAGAAGCCAUGAGUGAAGAAAUGAAAGAAAAGAAGAAACUAGCAGAUUUUGUAAAAUCUGUUCAUCGGGAUCUUAGAAAAAAGCUCAAAUCAGGAGAGAAAAGUAUUGGAAACAUAUGGAAAGACCAUUGUAAAAACACAGAGGUAUUGCAAGAUUAUGCAUCGGCAAUGCAGAAACUCGCCACGGUGCACUGGGGACCUCAGCAAUUGGAACGGAUCCAAUGGUGCAGAAAGACAUUGCUAGAGUACUUCAAAAGUGGUGGAUUGAAGAAAUGCAUUGAGAAAGAUUACAAAAGACUCAAAAGAGAGAAGACGGGUCCCGAAUUUAACCCUGAGAAUUUCGGCGACUUGGAGGCAGCUUGUUCCAACAAGAACCUGGAAAUGUAA